ACAAGAUGACACUAAGGUUUUAAAAUCAAAUAAGUAGGAGGCUGUUUUUCCAGUGGCAGAAAUGAAGUCAGGAGUAAAGAUUAGGUUUCUGCUGUGAUAAAUUGAACCUGUUAAAUGCUAUGACUUUGACAUUUCGUAAUUGUAGGUUAAACCGUUACGUCACUCAUUAGAUAGCUCUGUAUUUGUUUGAAAAGUACAAGAGUCCCUCCUACUGGACUUUGAUCUAGCAGAAACAACUGUUACCUAACAACCUCAGACCAUCACUGGAACACCUGUAUGAAGAACGUUCUUUAGUUUAUUUAAAUGGUUUUGCAUAUGUAAUUUAUUUAAGCCUUCAAAAUGAUUAGAAAACCUUUCAUGGUCCUGCUUUUGUCGUCUGUGACUCUUGGGGAGGCAAGGACAUCGUUUCUCAGUUUUCUGAACAUAGAAAAGACUGAAAUACUAUUUUUCACAAAGACUGAAGAAACUGUCGUUGUAAGGUCAAGUUACAGAGGUCAACAGCCAAACUCCAGCUACCUCUUUGUGCAACUAGAAGAUCCUAAAAUGCUCCAAGUGGUGAAUGUGACUAAGACCUUAUCAGAUGUUACCAACUUUACCAUAAACCUGGUGACAGAUGAAGACGGGGAGACAAAUCUGACCGUUCAAUUGUGGGAUUCUGAAGGUAGGCAAGAAAGACUCAUUGAAGAAAUAAAGAAUGUCAAAGUCAGAGUGCUCAAACAAAGACAAGACAGUCUUUUCCAGACAUCAAACCUUAUUGAUAGAAAUAUCCUUAUGCUUUUUCUGCCAAUGAUACUGUUAAAUAAAUGUGCGUUUGGUUGUAAGAUUGAAUUACAGGUGUUUCAUACAAUAUGGAAGAGACCUUUGCCAAUAAUUCUUGGGGCAGUUAUACAGUUUUUUCUUAUGCCAUUUUGCGGAUUCCUUUUGACGCAGAUUUUGGCAUUGCCUGAAGCACAGGCUUUUGGAUUUGUAAUGACCUGUACCUGCCCAGGAGGGGGUGGGGGCUAUCUGUUCGCUCUGCUUCUAGAAGGAGAUGUCACUUUGGCCAUUUUGAUGACUUGCACAUCAACAUUAUUGGCCGUGAUAAUGAUGCCUGCCAAUUCGUACAUAUACAGUAGGAUGUUAGGGUUAUCAGGUACUUUGCAUAUUCCUGUUUCUAAAAUUAUGUCAACACUCCUUUUCGUACUUAUACCUGUAUCAGUGGGAAUAAUCAUCAAGCGUAGACUACCUGAAAAAGCAAACUUCCUGGAGAGGAUCAUUAGGCCUCUGAGUUUUAUUUUAAUGUUUGUAGGGAUUUAUUUGACUUUCAGAAUGGGAUUAAUGUUUCUAAAAACAGUGAACCUAGAGGUGCUUCUAUUGGGUGUCUUAGUUCCUGCUUUGGGUUUGUCGUUUGGGUACUUUUUUGCUAAAAUGUCUAUGCUGCCUCUUCCUGUUUGUAAAACUGUUGCUAUCGAAGGAGGGGUACUGAAUAGUUUCUUAGCCCUUGCUAUUAUUCAGCUUUCUUUUUCACGGUCCAAUGCAGACUUGGCUUCUGUGGCUCCUUUCACAGUGGCCAUGUGUUCUGGAUGUGAAAUUUUACUGAUCCUUCUGUUCUACAAGGCUAAGAAAAGAUGUAUCCUUAUCAUAGAAGAGAAAAGAAAGAAAAAUCCCCCGGUCUAA